AUGAAGUACAUUAUUGAGCAUAUGGAGGAAGGGUUUAGUGAAUGGGUCAUUUUAGAGUAUAGCCAAAUCCUGAGAGAAGUAGGAGCUGAAAACUUGAUUUUAUCAUCGUUACCAGAGAGUACCACGGAAAAGGACAUCCCUCAAAGGCUACUAAAACUUGGUUUAAGAUGGACUACAAAGGAUUUGAAGGGCAUUAACGAAGAUUUCAAGGAUUUGGAACUGUUAAAAGAUGGCAGAGUCUGUCUAUUGGACCCUAGGGCUACAAUCGAUUUACAGCCGGAGGAUGCUACGAAAUUCGACUAUUUCGUAUUUGGUGGCAUAUUGGGUGAUCAUCCUCCAAGAGAUCGUACCAAAGAACUAAAGACUGCCUAUCCGAAUCUUUUAAUUAGCAGAAGACUAGGUGAUAAACAAAUGACUACGGAUACUGCCAUAAGAACAACACAGUUGAUUAUCAAAGACAGGAUUGCAUUUGAAGACAUCAAGUUCAUUGACUACCCUGAAUUUAGGUUCAAUAAAAAUGAGGCCACGGAAAUGCCAUUUAGAUACGUUUUAGAUAAAGAAGGUAAACCUAUUUUGCCUGAAGGGAUGUUGGAUUUGAUCAAGAAGGAUUCUGCUCAAAGUUUGGACGAUCUGUUGAUGUAG